AUGGGGAUCCUGCAAGAUUCGAAGCUUGCUGCCAGGCAGUUCGAAAUCGAUUCCGAGUAUGACGAUCUCGACUGGUCGCAGGUGCACUCUGUGCCACCUCUGACGGCAGAGCUUUGUGACUUUGUGCAUGUGGAGACGUGGAGACGUGUGGAGGCGGGCUUCACUGAGGCGGCUGAUGGCGGAGACGAAGACCAAGAUGAAGGAUUUUCCAGCCCCGAGAAAGUGCCCUUGGUCUGGCUUCCUCGCGAGGACGAGAUGAAACACACGCCGCGGGCUGGACCAUGGACGGUCUUGCAGGACGGAAAAGCUUCGCCGAUUGAGGUACAGGGAGCGGAAUCGCUGCAAGGCCUCCCUGUCGUGCUACUUGCGGAAAUUCGGCGAUUUGUCUCGGCCGACGAUGAGUUCGAAAAAUUGGGCGGCGCGAGCCGGGUCAUGAGCCAGGCGACCGUCGCUGCAAUGAUACUGGACGAGCUCUGCACAAGCUGCUGCGGGGUCGUCCAGCCAGCUUUGGGGGAGGUCAAUGUCGGACAACUGUGCACCUUCACGAAGUUGUUCCAAGGUACAGACCGCGGAACGGCAGAGAAAGAGGACAUUCUGCAGGUGGCGGCGGCGGAGUUUGCCACGGAACAUCAGGAAGGCGGACCACGGCAUGCGAGAAGAGAUCCACAACGGCCUCCGUAUGAGUAUGAGACUCGAACCUAUGAGACUAUGAGCCGACCAUCCCUGUAA